UAGUUGCCAACAAUGGAGCUGCCCGAAGCCCGUUCUAUGCUGGUAGUACUGCUGGUGGUGCUCUGUCUGGUCCCCUCGGAACAGGCUCCACUGGGCGACCAUCCGGACCACGCCGGCUGCAUAAGGAUUACGAUUAUCAAGAGGCCCCUUGGCACCUCCACCACCUCCACUACCACCACCACCACGACCACGACGACCACCACUACAGUGGCCACCACAGCGGCCACCGGAUGAGAAGGAGUCCUGGGACAGCCGUACCGCCAGAACUGGAGGAUAUCCGUUUUAUUUUUGAAAUGUUUGGAAUACCUAAGCCUAAGUGCCUUUCAAGCCAAGAAUAUGUUCAAUAUUUAUACUCUCUUCGACCGCAAGUACACAAGUUUCAUUCUAAUGUGAAUUAAACGAACGUGAGCA